CUGAAAGUAAACUGCUCGAACAACAGAAACUACGAACGCAGGCCUAUUUUUUCCUAUAUUGGUUUGUUGCAUUAUUUUUAAUGGACAUCAAGGGAUCCUCAAGCAUCUGCCGCACAUGCCGCAAGGAGGUGCUUGUGGACAACCUGGCCCUCCAUGAGUCCCACUGCGGUCGGUUCUUGUGUCUCUGCCCUGACUGCGGCGAGACAGUGUCUAGAGAGCAGCUGGAGCAGCACCGGCUGGAGGAACACUCACAGAUCAAAUGUCCCGGGUGCGACCAACAAAUGGAGUGUCGCUCUCUGGUGGAUCACAAGGUCGAGGAGUGUACUGCACGGCUGCUGUGCUGUGACUUCUGUGAGCUGGAGCUGCCGGUCAGGAGGCUUGAGGAGCACCAGCUGGUGUGCGGCAGCCGCACCGAGCACUGUAACACCUGCCACCACUAUGUCCUGCUGAGGAACCUGGCCCAGCACACCCUCGCCUGCCCCGCCGCCGCUGGCCCUGCCGCCACCGCUGGCCCCGCCGCCACCGCUGGCCCCGCCGCCACCGCUGGCCCCGCCGCCACCGCUGGCCCACCUCCUUCCAUUCGUCAUCCUCGUCCUCCUCCGACCAACGCCAUGACGCCCGGGAAGACGGAUGUGAUUUGUAUUAGCUGUCUGGGCUUCUUCCCAGCUGAAGAUCUGGAGGAACACAAGCUGGGCUGUGCCCUCACAUCCGCCUGGAUCGAGGAAGAGGAGGGAGACAGGCUCCUGCCCUGCUCAUACUGUCAGCUGCUCCUCCCACAGGUUACGCUUCGCUGGCAUGAGCCUAAAUGUAGAAUCCAUCUCUUCAUGAAAUGAAGAUGCACUGUGCAAUGUUCACUGGACUCCAAUGUAGGGCCUUCAAUGAUGUCCGGCGGACCUCAACCAAUACCUGAUGCAAGCAUUUGUAAGAAAGAGGACACCUGAUUGAUUGAUAAUCUAUAUCUAAGCUACUAUUGCAUUUUUAUCAUUUGAACAGAAAGUUGUCUUCCAAAUAUAUGCUUACAUUAUUCUGUAAAACAUUUCUAUAGUUAUUAACCUACCCCACUUCAAAUUGAUCUAACAGCGUGUCAAGAUAUUAAAAAUGGUUAAAUUAAAACUUAAACAAUGUAUGUUUGUAUGUGGCUGUAAGUGAAUGUAUGAAGAUAAUGUGCAUGGGGGUGGUGAUGACCACCUUCUCAUAGACAGCCACCAGCAAUCAUUCCAUUGUAUUUACUUUCAUCUAUAAAGUUAUGUUUUUUGUCUGGAAUUCAUCAGUUAAAAUAGUAAUACAUUUUUUGUAGUGCGUUUUGGAACUGUUAAUUGGCAGAGGUGCCACGUUAUUGAAAUAUAAAGCACACCCAUGGAACAUUAUUGACCAGGAUCCAGUAUCUAGCAUUGCUGUUGUAUUACAGUUUUUCUCAGUCGCUUUGGUACAUUUCUCAGAUCAGAAUUGAAAUUCUCAAAACUACCUGUUCAAUCUUCACAUCGUUGUGUCACUUGUGCACAUCAAAAAAGCAGUGUCUCAUUUCUUUGAACAAGUUGCAAAUUAUUUGGUACAUUCAUGCAAAUGAUUAUGUUCAAUUCUCUGCUCUUUCCUACAUUAUCAAUUGCUUAUGUCAUGUUGAUCAAAAUGUAUUGUAAUGGGUCUCUAUUGAAUAGUCUCACCCCCACAACAUGUAGGCAUUAGUUCAUUGCAUAAGUCUUUACAUGCAAAAUGGUUGAUAUGUCAAGCAUAUUUCUAUACAUUUUCAUUAGACUUUUUUUCUAAAUCUGUCCUGAAUUGGUAAAUUGCUACCAGGGGAAUCUUGACCCUCUCUAAAGAAGGGAAAUGUGCGAAGGGUUAGAUCAACCAACGAUCAACCAGUUUACUGAAAAAGCUCAAAGGUGCAUCUCCUGAACCAUGAGCUGGCAAGUAUUUAUAUAGCUGGAGCACAACAAAUUGUUACAUUGUCUGACAAUGGAAGGACAAGGAAUUGGACAGGGUCAACAGCCAGAGAGAAGAAGAGGAAGAGGGGUAAGGCUGCGUGAGAAUGAGAAUUUGUGGCCCAACAGACAGGAACAUCAGGAGGUGUAGGAAGACUGCACUGUAAUUCCUACAGCAAUGCAUGCACAGUUUACCCUAACAAGAUUUUCCUAUGUUCCAGUUCUAGCAAUGACAUGGUCUGUCAACAAAUUACAGUACUAACAGUCAAACCGUAAAUGUGAAUCUUGUCCAGUCUCCUGCAAUCAAUCUCCCACAUACACUAAGGUGUAACUUACAAUUUACAAUAAUUGACAACAUGACUAAGCAAUUUGACUGUCUUAUCCGUACACAAUGACACAAGGAAUUGUCAUUGUGAUGGCACUGACAUGUUCAUUGAUACAUAUAUUUACUUUUGAGAAACAAACUAAGGAUUUUGAGCAAGAGACUGGCUUUUGCAUGAAAUCCAUGGUGUUUUGCUAUUUGUACGAAUUGUUUUGAGAAAUGCACUUACUGUUUUGCAAAUUUCAAUUCUGAUCUGAGAAAUGUACCAAAGCGACUGAGAAAAACUAUAAGCAGCAUUCCUAAUUUGACCCUUAAAAUGAGUGAGGAGACACAGUUGCCUUGUUUUUUUUAUUGCAAUGUAAGGCCACGACCAUUUUUAGAUUACAAUUACGACCAGCCGAGGAACAACUGAUUGAUUGCAAAACGUCAGUGAAUAUCAGAAUGGUCAAACGAGGUUCAUAACACGGGCAUCUCAUUGCAACACAAUCUUAAAAUAAAACGUGUUAUUUGACUACGAAUCAGUUUGGUAAAUCACAAGAAGUGAAUCCUUACAUUUGGAUUGUGUUCAAAAGAGUAAGAAUAACAAGAAAGUUUUUCGACAAAGAAGUAAGGCAAUGUCCGAAACAUAUAAAAAGUUAUCAAGAGGGCUUUACUGACUGAGGAAAAAGUGAAGGAAGGCCACACAUCGAUUGGACGACUCAAUUGCAACAUGAAACACAAAGGGCCCUAUUUUAACGGUCUGAAACGCAAGUGGGAAGCGCAAAGCGCAAGUAGCUUUGUGGGCGGUUCUACGGCGCUAUCUCUAUUUUACAGGCGGAUAAAUGACACUUGCGUCGCGGCGCAAGUGUCAAAAGGGUUGGUCUGAAGCAGCCUAGUUACCCGUAUGUGGUUUGGGCGUAACGUCCAACAAACCAAUGAGAGUGCCGGCUCCCAUCCCCUUUAAGAGCCAUGAGCGCAUUUGAAUCGGACGAGUUGAUAUUUUGACAGCGCGUCUGCAGUCUCCGAUGAGACAGAUGCACAUGAAUUUCAAACUGCAAAUGGCUCAGUUUAUUGCCAAAUAAUAUGGCCUGAUUCACACAUGGAAUAAGGGGUUUUCUUCCACAACUUCAGAAAUACUGAGUCCUCAAAUAAAUUUCGGCAAAGAAAAUGUAUAUGAUAUAACAUAUGAUAUGCGGUAACUGUGGUUCUAUUUAAUGAUAUACGCAAAACAUUAUAAACAUGUUUCUUAUCAGUAUUGUA